AUGUGUUCAAUAAGUAAAGUUCUAUGGUAUACUAUCCUUUGUUUAUAUCAUAUAUGUUAUAGUUUGGACAUAAGUAAUGUUAAACUAGUUCAGGACAAGCCAUCUGCGAUACAAGAUGAUAAAGUUCAUAUAGGAAACGACUUUAUAUCUUCUCGUAGUAUACGACGAUUAAAGCGGCAAACUUACGGCCACGGACAUUAUGAUCGCAGACGAAAUCUUGACAGAGAAUAUGAACAGAACAGAGCUGAUUAUGAAAGAAAAAAGGUUGAAUAUGAACGCAGGAAAAGGGAACACGAACGGAGGUUAGCAGAACAUAAUCGAAGAAGAUUGGAGCUUGAACAAAGGACUAGAAAUUCACGUGGUCGUAACAGAGAGCUAACAGAUAGUUCGACACAGCAGAGACAUGCAGAGCGAAGCAGAGUCACUGAAAUUAAAGGUAGUCGUAUUGCAAAUCAAAUUAAGGAUAUUAAAAAAGAAAAUCGAGUGGAAAGUCCGGGUCUAAGAGGCCAGUUUGAGAAGAAACCAGUAAUAGUACCCGGUCUCAAUGUGUUUAAAAUGAUUAAAUAUUUAAAUCUAAACGUGACUGUUGCAUAA